AUGCCUCCGUUAUCGGGUGAAGAGCGUAUACUUACCGUCGCUCUGCAGAAGGUUAGAAUAGAGGUCGCGAACAACCCAGGAACUCCGGAGCAGGAUGCCUUCAAUGGCGCUCUGGAUAACAUCCAUCUCCGACAUUCGACUAAAUUCCCGACUCUCUGCACUGUGACCGUGGACGGACAGGUGCCGAGUCCACCCCCAGGCCAACCGGCGUUUCCACCGCCCCCAGGCGCCAUUUCAAGCGAAUGGCAACUGCCUGGUAACGACUCGCCGGCCCUGUUCCGCCUGCACACACUAGAUAUUUAUUUUUGGACGACGGAGGACGUCAAUCAGUUCCUAGAUCUGAUCGAGCGGCACCUCUCGCAGUCGCAGAUCGAGACAGACCGACACCCCUUCCCACCUCCGCCCCAGAGCACCGUCAGUUCUGUCGUACAGCAACUGGAAAAUGUAGCGAUCACCGAUCCUGGCUAUCAGAAUGGACAGACUCGCAAUUCUCAAGCCGAGGUCGUGUCUAAUCCCGUGCCUAGCUACCAAGCCAUUACACCACCAAGCAACCUCCCUCCUCCCCCUCCACUGGGCGGCUUAGCUACGACUGCCCAGCCAGUCAUGCCUGGAAUCCAGACCGUAGCCAGCGAACAACAGGAUAAUGCUCCGCCGGAACCAACUCCCGCCCCUCUACCUUACAAUCCCGCUGCACCCCCGGCACCAGAGCCAAUUAGACACCGAGAGAAGACCCCUCCCCCAGACGACGCAGAGACGGGGACCGGCCUUGCUGCAGCUGCAGCUGCAGCUGUCGACAAUGGCCUUGCUUAUCCUCAAUCUUCCCAAAUGCCCCAGGGGUUAGCAGCUACAGCAACAGCACCAUCAGCAACAAGAGGUCUAUCUGCCCCUCCACCUCCACCAGGGCCCGCCCCGCCCUACAGCAUGCCUGGAAACUACGUGCCUCCUGGACCCCCGAGUGCUGGCCUCUCCUCGUUCCCAACCUCCCUACCUAGCCCAGGUCUACCCUCCUAUUCUGCCUCGUUCCUAUCAGGCGAGAGCCUCAGCCAUCCCAUGGGGACAAACCAGUCACUACCAGGGCCACCACAGCAGCAGCAGCCGCAACAACAGAUGUCCUUCGCCCCUCCUCCCACUGAUCCUAAUGCGCACCUCUAUGGCGGAGCAGGAGCAGGAGCAGGGCCGACUCCCGGCAUAUACAGAACGUCAACCGACUCAUCAUCGACAUCUACCCCACCGAUGCAGCUCUCGCUAGGUGGUUACUCGAACUACUCGUACGAGCAGCCGGGGACGAAGCGCAGCGCCACGGUAUCAGGGAACGAGUAUAACGUUCAUAACCAAUUGUAUCAGCCGACGGCACAGGAGUCAAUCUCACCUCAUCAGAAGUAUGCCAAAGAGGCGAUGGUGAAGCCGGGGGAUCCGCAUCGGCCGCAGUAUUUUGUGAAGAGUGCGUAUAAGGUGGAGCAUGGGGUGAAUCGCUUUUUGAAGAAGUUGGAGAAGAGGCUGUAG